UCAAACAAAUAAAAAAAUAAGUAGAUUAAUUAAGUUUUUUAAAGAUAAACAAAUUUCUAUUAUAAAAGCAGAUAAAUCUUAUGCACUUAUCAUUAUUAAAAAUUCAGAUUUACAACAAAAGAAAAGACAAAUAGUAACUACAGAUGAAUAUGAAGUUUUACCUAGUGAUCCAACAGAAGAUAUUAAAAAGAAACUAAUUAAAUUAAUGAAAAUAUAUAGAAAAGAGUUUACAAGCAAUGAAUUUAAGAAGAUCGUCAAUUUUAAUAAUUGUAUCCCCGACUCUAAAUAUACUAUAAAAAAUGCAGAUCAAUUGAUCUCAAGAUUAAUGCAAGGUCAAAGUAAAGACUCUUAUAGAUUUUUAAGUCUGGAUGUAAAAUCUAUGUAUCCUUCAAUAAAUUGGAAUUUUAUUAUGGAAAGUUUAAGUAAAUAUGAUUUACCUUGUUAUAUCUUAGAAUUUAUUCAGUUUACUUUUAAAAAUAAUUACUUUAAAAUAUCUACAGAAUAUUAUCGCCAAAGAGACGGGAUCGCAAUGGGAUCAGUAAUUGGCCCAAAGCUUGCCGAUAUUUGUAUGGCAUCAAUAGAUGAAAAAAUCUUCCAGUACCAAGGUAUUGUUUUUUAUACUAGAUAUGUGGAUGACAUAUUAGUUUUGUACGACUCAAAUAACGUUACAGCUGAAAAUAUCAAGGAUUAUGCAAAUAGUUUAAAUAAGAACAUUAAAUUUACUUAUGAAGAAGAAAAAAAUUAUGAAAUUAAUUAUUUAGAUGUAAUAAUCACAAGAAAAAAUGAAACAUUGCUGUUCCGAAAAUACGAAAAAAUAUGUAAUAAUAAUAAGGUGAUUAAUUACAAGUCAUAUUCUUCUAUAGGAAUAAAAAGAAAUGUUUUUUUGAUGGAAUUAAAGAAAAUAUUUAAUAGAACAACUUUAAAAAAAUAUAUUGAAAUUGAAACUAAGAAUCUUUUUAAAAAAUAUUUAUUGAAUGACUAUCCACAACAGCUUAUACCAAAUGAAAAACAAUCGAAGAAUCCUUUAGAAGUUGCAGAAGUCGUAUAUGAAUUGAUGUGUACGUGCACAGAACGGAAAAGCUACGUUGGAGAAACAGGAAGAAAACUGGAAGUGAGGCUAAAGGAGCAUGAGGCGGCAAUUCGAUUGAACAGAACUGAAUCCCCGUGGCAACAACACUGCAGUAUUAAAAAUUGUCUUAUUGAUCGUAGUAAUAUUAAAAUUUUGUAUAAAGAAAAAAAUUUUGUAAAAAGACGCAUCAUAGAACAUUACUGUAUUAAAGAACAUGCAAAUUGUAUAAAUUUAAAUACCGGAGCAUAUGUCGAUGCAUGCUGGGAUAACUUGAUAAACUAUAAUAGUACUGGCAACUUGACAGUGUAA